AUGGAGUCGCAAGGUGUUAGUACAAACUAUCCGAGGACGAGACCCCGUAGAUUCGUCAGCGUUCUGAAGGAUAUUACUCCAACGACACAAAAUCUCGUAGAGACAAAUGCGCGUUCCAGAAGGCUUUCAGGAUCUUUAAUAGCUGCGCCGCCACUUAGUAAAGCCAUAGAAAAGAAGAAGGAGAGUACCGAAGAACAACAAAAGUAUCAUAUAUGA